AUGUUUUGGGGCAUUUGCUGCCGAGGACGUUCCGGAGGGGCGGGCGGCAGUGCUGCCGCCUUGUGGACACAGAGCGGUACUGCAGCCCGCAGCCCGCGGCCGCCAUCUUGGGAGUGGCGUGUUGUGGACUCGCUUGACCUUCUCAAGAGGGCGCGAAAAAGAGGACGGGAAGAGCGAUACUGCAGCCCGCCGCCCGCGGCCGCUAUCUCGGCAGUGACCUGUCGCGGACUCGCGUGCCGCGCACACGGGCUGUGGGCUCGGCGGCUCCGCGGGCGGUCGGAGUUCGAGCAGGCGCCGACCGGCACCGGCAGAUUCGCCUCUCUCUGCCCAUCUCCUGCAGCGGCCGCCAUCCUGGGCGCGGCCCCUGCCUCUGCCGCGCUGGGCGCUAAAAAGAAAGGGCUUUUGGGGCGCGGCGGCGUUAUUUGGUUCGAGGCAGGGUCUUUUAGUUUCUGUGCGGGAUUUUUUGGGACAUUUAUUUCGGAGGAUUUUUUCCCAAGGGGAUCGAUCGCCGCCGCUCUUUUCCCCCCGCCUCCCCUCCGGGCGAGCGGCGGCCCCCGGCUGUGGCGGGUGGCGGUGCUGCCGCCUUGUGGACACAGAGCGGUACUGCAGCCCCCAGCCAGCGCCCGGCCGAAACCCACCGAGACGGGGCGGGAGGGGCCAGAGCGGCCCCAAAACCACCGAGACGGGGCGGGAGGGGCCAGAGCGGCCCCAAAACCACCGAGACGGGGCGGGAGGGGCCAGAGCGGCCCCAAAACCACCGAGACGGGGCGGGAGGGGCCAGAGCGGCCCCAAAACCACCGAGACGGGGCGGGAGGGGCACGGGCGGCAGCGAGCGGCGAGCGGGGCGGUGUGUCUGUCUCGGCUGUCACACCUGUCCUGAGGAAAGCCCUGUGGAAGGAGCUCGGUGCCGCGAUUCAGGACCCUGAGGCCACUGUGAAACUGCAAAUUCUUUCCAAGCUGUUGCCACCUCCGGGAAGUAAAGGGCUGCACAACCUGAUGGACUGCCUUCCUGCUGCUCCGGAGAGAGCAGGGAAUGAAGAGAGCUGGGCCGUGGCAGAUGCCAUAUCCACGGUGCUUAAAAACUCUGAGGAGCUGCAUUCCUGGAGGAGACAUCUCUUCUCAGCCUGCAUAAAGGGGUUAGUUGCCAUGUACAGCAGCAGUAAAGAUGAAGGCAAGCAAGAAGUGGAGAGGUCCAUGCUGCUGAGGCUAGAGGAAUUAUUGUGUGUGGUUGAAGAAGUGGACCCAGAUGACUGGUGUGACCUUGUGAAGACAGGGCUCAAGUACCGUUACAGAGAUGAAACAUUUCUGAAGGUCCUGAACGUUGCCAUCCAGUUACUAUACAUGAAAGAAUCCUCACUUAGAGCGUAGUCAAGCUCUCCAAACUACACAUGGUGCUCACACAGCACUCUCUAUUUUUGGCAGCCAUCCUGAGGUCAAGAGAAGAAGAUGGCAUGAGCGUCCAGACAAGAGGACAGGAGAAAUCAUUGAGCUCCUCCCAUCUUUGCCAGAAGCUUCAGUGUUUAAGCAGCCAGAGCCAAGAGGCUUCAGCACCAGGGGUGUGCACUGGAGGGCUCCUGGUCCUGUCCAUGCUGUGGGGGAGCCAGGGCUGGCACAAGGACUCGUGCGGGUGCUGCUCUGGCACUGGACCUGUUUCCCUGUGGAGCCAUUUAAAAAUGUGAUUAUGGAACAUUUUGGAGGCCGUUUCUGGAAUUCCAUUUGUAGCUGGAUCUCGCUCCGAGUGCAGCAGUCCAGAUGCUGCACUCACCUCUGCAGACAAGCGCUGAGCUCUCACUGCAGGAACCCGUCAGGCCUCCGUGGCUGUGAGUUCAUGUUCUUCUCACUGGGGAAUUGAAAUAAUUGCUGGUUAAUUGCAGAAAUGUUUUCUGGAGCCUUUCCCCUUUUGUGCCCCUGUGCUGUGUGGGACAAGGGCAGAGGAGCCUCGGGCUGGAAAGGGGCGGGAGAAGGCAAAGGGACCCCCUGGUGUCCCCAGGGCUCUGUGGGGAACAGAACGGACACUGUGCGGGCACGGGGAGGUGAGGAGUGACAGUCUGGGGCCAAAUCCCAGCUCACCCGCAGGGAAAUAAGUGAGGGACAUUUUGGAGGGGAAAGCUGAGGCCAUGAGUUCACCCAGCCUGGCCAAGUUGUGUUCGCACAAAGUGGCACCAGAGGCAAAGGUCAAUCCAGAGCCCACCCUGCUCAACCUCUAGGUCCCAGAAUAAAUUCUACAAGCUGCCCGUUGUGGGACUAAAAACACAUGAAAGAGAACCAAGAGCAUUCCGAGAGCAAACCAGAAGGUUCCUGGGAAUCCCAUUACAUUGUUGUCGUAGCCUUUUUGAUAGAGCUCUUAAGUUUUUUAUUUUAAUGCUGCAUUUCUCUGCUGGGAUCAUUCACUCCAUGGGCUGUGGGGAUUUUUUGGGAUUGAACUCCCUCCCUGUGGCCCUGACACUGCUCAGGAGCUGGAGGAAAAGCAGAGUCAGCGCUCCUGGCAGGGGCAGGGAGUUUUGCCCCAGAGCAGAUGCAGCAGCUGCCCUCCAGCCCAGCCAGGAGGGAUCUGCUUUGGCUCCUGGCUGCUGCAGGCACAGAACGUGUUCAGCUGAUCCAGGUGACAUUCCAGCAGCCUCAUCUCCCAUCCCUGCUCCCGCCCCUCCUGCUCUCAGCUCCCACCCCACCACCUGUGCCAAGGGAAUUUGUCCCACCAGCAGCAGGGGAAGGACAAGGGCUCCCACCCUGGCACUUGGAUUGUCCCUCUGGGGGAUGCUGGCUGCUGGGAUUUAGAUCAUUCCUUACGUUUGGCUGCUGAAACUUCCCCACCCAGGGGAUUUUGCACAAAGAUUGUUCUCUGCGUGGUGCCGGGAUUUGGGGUUCAGUAUCAGCUUUGCUAGUUCAGAUGAAUUAUACCCACAGCCCCAGGUUCUCUACUGAAUUCCUGCUGGAAUAACCUGACAGUGCCUCGUGGAGAGUGGAAAUUCCCAUGCAGAGCUGCCACUUUAGCACCAGCUGUGUCAGGAACCAGCAGAGGUUCCAGGGAAGCUCAGUGGGAUCAGGACAAGGACAGGUCUCUAUUCUAUAGAACUUGCUAUUUAAAACCCUCAUCCCCCAGCCCCAGGGAUGUCUCUGGGGUCACUUGACAGAGUUCCCUGGAAUUCAGCUGAUUUCACCCCCCGGAGCUCAGGCUCCAGCUGAUGUUUUAAAGCAGGACAAGGCGGUGGCUGGGUGCGCUCCCGGCCUCUGCUGAGGCAGAACAUCUCUCCUGCAGAAGCUCCGCUCCUUUCAGAGCCUCAGCAGCAGCCUCUGCACGGCCUUUUCCCUCAGGAAAGGGAUGCACAUCCCUGCCUGCAGCACACCUCCAGUGGGACCCACCUGUGAGAGUUUUCCAUCACUUCUGCACCUCCAGCUGGCUCCCUGGAAAUCUCCAGACAUCAUCCCACUCAAACCUCUGAUUUUAAGGCAUCUCAGAGGCUAUGGCUUGGCAUUUAGUAUCUGUGAAGGAAGAUUGCCUUGGCUCAAAUGAAAUGUAAACUUUAAGGCAUUUAGAGAUUUUGAGGAGCUAAGAGAAAUAAGUCUUAC